AUGGAAGCCGACCCAGCAGCAUCAGCAGCAGCAGCAGCAACAACAGCAGCAGCAGCAGCAUCGCUUGCUGUUGCGGAGGCUAACAGCAGCACUCCUUCUUCUGAAGGGGGGGCCCAGCAGCAGGGGCCCCCAGAGGGGCCCCUCUCUUUUCAGCAGCACCAAAGCCAACCUGCUGCUGCUGCUGCAUUCGCUCCAAUGCUAGGAGCAGCAGAAACAGCAGCUGCUGCUGCAGCAGGUGUAGCAGCAGCACCUGCUGCUGCUGCUGGAACUGCGCCAAACUCUGCGCGACCGCCAGCAGGAACAGCAGCAGCAGCAACGGCAGCAACAGCUGCAGCAUUGAUGGCUAAGAAUGACUCCACCGCAGCAGCAGCACCUGCAGCACUUGCUGCAGCAGCACCUGCAGCAGCAAUUGAGCCCCGACGGUCUUCGCGUGUGGCAGCACUGAAGGCUGAGAGCAGCGGAGAUAGUUGUGAUAUGUGGGCUGUUGCUGCAGCAGAAGCAGCAACAGCAGCAGGAGCAGCAGCAACAGCAGCAACAUCUCCCUUCUCUUCUGAUUUAGCUGAGCAUCUAAGCGUGGAGCUGCCUGCAGCAGAUUUACUCUAUUGCAAACCCCCGCGUGCAUUUGGGCCUCAUGCUGCUGCUGCUGCUGCUGCUGCUGCUGCUGCUGAGGCCGAGCAGAGGAGAGAUGAACGGGGGCCACCCUCGCUGCUUCCUGCUGUUGCAGCAACAGCAGCAGCAGCAGAUGGAUGCCUAGACAGGCCUCGCAGCCCUCCUGGUGAAUCCAGCAGGAGGAGAGAAGGUGCUGCAGCAGCAGCAGCUGCUGCUGGAGCGCAGCUGCAGUGCGGCCAUAGCAUACUCCUAAGACGCUCCGAGCAGCAACGCCGGCAGCAGGAGCAGCAGCAGCAGCAACAGCAACAACAACAACAACAGCAGCAGCAGCAGCAGCAGCAGCAGCAGGAUGUUGUGGAGGAGUUUGGCGCUUUGUCUUUGAUAUCAUCGAAGUGUGUGGGUGCGCGUGCGGCAGCAGCAGCAGCAGGAGGAGCAGCAGCAGCAGCCCUUGAGGCCCUUGAGGGGUCUGAAGGUGUUUGUGGGGCCCCACUUCGGGAGAUCUGGAGAUUAACAGCAGCAGACAUCAGCAUUAAACAUGUGCAGCAGCUCCUGGGAUCGCUUUUAGCAGCCGAUCCCAGGAUAGGCUGCUUAACAGGGCCGGGCUUCCACCUUGCAUGGCUUGCGCUGCAGCACUUGCAGCAACUCAGCAGCAGCAGCAGCAGCAGCAGAAGCAGCAGCGGCAGCACGCAGCAGCAGCUGCUGCAGCAGCGACAGACUGGGGGCAAGGAGCCACAAUCUUCUGCAGACACAAGCAGCAGCAGCAGCAAUGACGGGCGUAAACAAGAUCCUGCAGCAGCUGCAGCAGCAGCACAAACUGCAGCAGCAGCAGCAGCAGCAGCAGGGAGGAAGCACGUACCUUGGCAGCAAACGUAUGGCUAUGACGAUACAGAAUGGCCCCGCUUCGUCUGCGGCUCCAUCGAUAGAAGGUGGUGCUUGCAGCAAAGAAAUAUUUCUGUUGUUGUGGAGACACAACGUUCAAACCCCCAGCCAGACAGCCCCCAACCUCUCACCAGCAGCAGCAGCAACAGCAGCAGCAGCAGCAGCAGCAGCAGCAGCCCUGCCAGUGGCAGCGCUUCCAGCCGCCCAGCAGCAGCAGCAACAGCAGCAGCAGGAGAGACAGGAGGGGGUUCGCCUUCUGUAUCAGGGCCCGGUGCUGCUGCUCCAGCAGCAGCAGGAGCAGGAGCAGCAGGAGGGGAAGGAACGCCAGCAGCAGCAGCAGCAACAGCAACAGCAGCAGCAACAGCAGCAGCAAAGAGAGCAGCAGCAGCAAAUGAAUUGGCGUUGCAGUUUGAAGAGUUUCCGCCGUCUGCUGCUCAGCUCUUCUGGCCAGACCCUCUUCCGCUACCUUCUUCACUUUAUGAGGGUUUAGACGUUCAGGUGUCUGUACCGCUGGGCCCUCGCAAAGCCAUUUGGUGGUUAGAUGCUAAAAUUGUUGCAGUCAGGAGUGAGUUUAUCUUCUGUCAAAUCCUUGCCGGCAGCAGCAGCAGCAGCAGCAGCAACGGCAGCAGCAGUGGCAGUGGCAGCAAGGGUAGGAUUGCAGGUGAAGAGGGGGAGGCUGCAGCAGAAGAAAUGCGGGCCAGCGAAUCAGCAGCAGCAGCAGCAACAGCAACAGAUGCAGCAGCAGAAGCUGAAUCAACAGCAGCAGCAGCAGCAGGUGAAGCAGCAGACAAAGCAUCAACUCAAGAGGCUGCAGGCAGAGAGCGGAAGAGCAGCAGCAGAAGAAAGAUAAAGACAAAGGUGGAGUGCUUCACUGAUAAACCCGCCUUCAAGGAGCCGCAGGCGUACCCUAUUUGCAAUUUCUGCGCUCCGCAAGUGCCGAUUGCUUCUCCCGCUCCCCGCUGCUGGCGUUUGCUGCCGCGGGUAAUCAGUGCUGCUGCAGGGGGGCCCCCUCUUGCUGCUGCUGCUGCUGCUGCUGCAGGGGGGGACCCUCUUCCUGCUGCUGCCGCAGCGGGGGAGGGCCCUGGUGCUGCUGCUGCAGCAGGGGAUCCCUCUUCUGCAGCAGCAGGAGAAGCCCCCCUUACUGCUGCAACAGGUGGAGCCCCUGUUGCUGCUGCUGCUGCUGCUGCAGCAGCGGAGGGUUUGCUGGUGAAUAAGACAGAAGGCAUUGAAAGGUCUCUAUACCCCGGGGCUUGCCUCUGUGUCUCUGCUGCUGCUCUUGGGCUCAAGUACCCGCAGCAGCAGCAGCUGCUGCCUCCUUAUUUGCUGAAAGAUGUUGUCGUACACCGCGUCUUCUAUGGGGAUGCACCUGCAGCAAACUCACCAGCAGCAGCAGCAGCUGCUGCUGCUGCUGCAGGCGGUGGCAGCAACAGCGGCAGCAGCACAGAAGACGAAGCAGAUAAAGACAAAGACAGCAGCCCUCCGCCCUCUGCUGCUGCUGCUGCAGCUGCUGCUGCAGCAGCAGCAGGCAAUACUAAGGAAUUGUCUUCUUUUCCGGAAGCUAAAGAAGAAGAAGGAGGGUUGCGGCGCUCAGCAUCUGCUGGUGCUGCUGUACGCUGCUACGACGGCUGCUGGUCUAAGAAAGGCAUCACCCAUGUCCAGGUGUAUAUAAUAUCUUUUCGAAAGUCUCGUCUGCUGUCUGUCUCUUCUUUGCUUCACCACGGGGCUUAUAAACUGCAAUAUGAUUUGCAUGCGCACUUUCCUACUGUCUCUUCAUCUCUUGCUGCACCUCAACGUCAGGCAGCAGACUUCUUAUGGAGUGUACCGAGGGCCCUUACCCUUGUGGGGGCCCCGGGGGGCCCCCUAGGGAGGCGCCGCAGGGACGGAGGAACAGCAGCAGCAGCUGCUGCUGCUGCUAAUGCUGCUAAUGCUGCUUACCAAGGGGCCCCGCAGGAGGUUCCAGCCGCAGCAGACUCUGCAGCAGCCGCCGCUGCCGCAGCAGCAGCAGCAGCAGCAGCGACAGUGCCUUUAACCGAUACACUAGCAUCAUCAUCAUCUUCAUCAGGAGCAGCAGCAGCAGAAGCUCUCUGGGACGAGAAGACCCGUAGCCCCGCUCGGGAGUGGAAGUCUUACCCUCCUUUUUGUUUAAUUUAUUUUGCGUUAUCUUCACGAAAUCUUCAAAAGGCAGCAAAUUGUUUAGCAGCAGUGCGGCUGCUGCAGCCGGAGAUUGACUGGGGGGCCCUCCUUGAGGGGCGCUGGUGUUUACGAGCGCAGCAAUGGAGACGACAGCAAAGAUUUCCUCUUGCUGCUAUUAUAGGGGGCCCCCUGGGCCCUCUCCCUUCUUCUCACCAGCAGCAGCAGCAGCAGCAGCAGCAGCAGCAGCAGCAGCAGCAGCAGCAGCAGCUUUGGAAGGAUACAGGGGGGGGGCCCCCCCUUCCUUGUAUAUUGCAUCACCCAAGUGAGGGGCCCCUACCACCAGGGAAGCUGAGUGCAGCGCUGCAGCCCUGGAUUAAAGAAGGAUGGAGGCCGUCUCUUUCUUCUAUUCAAAUAGGGGGGGCCCCCAUAGUACCCUCGGGGCCCCUCCAACUUAAGACAGGGGGCCCCCCUACCCCUAUUGAGGGGGCCCCAGGGGCUCCUUCACUGCCAGCAGCAGAAAGUAGCUUCGAUUGCUUUGGGGAAGGCCGACCCCAAGAGCAGCAACAGCAGCAGCAGCAGCAGCAGCAGCAGCAGCAGGGGGCCCCAGAAGAAUGUGUGGUUUGUGUAGGGGGAGAGUUGAGGGUAGUUGAGGGGCCCCUCAAGAGAAUUAGAAGAGAACUGCCUUAUAGGAGAUUGCUCAGUGUUAUUGAUGAAGAGACAGAAGCACUGGGGUCCUGUCUCCUCUGGAAUUUUGAGAGGUUGCAUGCAAAUAAAGAGGGAGAAGAGCUUGGGGGGCCCCUAGGGGGGCCCCCGGUGGGGCCCCUACAACUUGAUGCCGAAGCUGAUACGCUGAGAGGGCUAGUCAGAGCAGUUCUAGCAGACUGUCCUCAACCGCAGCAGCAGCAGCAGCAGCGGCAACUGAGAUACCCGCAGCAGCGACAGCAGCAGCAGCAGCAGCAACAGCAGCAGCGGCACGGUAGCUCGCGGGCUCAGAAGCGGCAGGAAGAAACAGCAGCAGCAGCAGCAGCAGCAGGGUGGGCCCCAGCAGCAUCGGGGGCAUCAAAAAGAGUUAAAGCAGAAUGCGAUGGGGGGCCCCACGGCACCCCCACGAGCAGCAGGGGCCCCUGUAGCCGCAGCAGCAGGCCUGAGGAGAAGGGAGCAGCAGCAGCAACAGCAGCGGAGCGGGUCGCCCGCUCAUCUGCUGCUGCUGCUGCUGUUGCUGCUGGGCGCCGGUCCCCUGGGGGGCCCCGUGAGUCUCCAAGCUGGCGCACUGUCAAUCGUAGCAGCAAACGAAAGAGAGAGACAAGUAGAAUAGAGGGGGGCCCCCAAGGAAGCCCCUCAUCUUCUACAUCUGGGGGCCCCUCGUUACGGCGGCAGCUGCAGAACAGCAGCGGUGGGGGCCCCACACCUCACGCUGCAGCAGAACGCAGCAGCAAAGCAGGGGCCCCCGGAAGAGGAGCAGCAACAGCAACAGCAGCAGCAGCAGCAAAGGGGCUGCGUGCUGCAGACGCGGAGAGGCCCCUGACGCAUCGUCAGCAGAGAAAUGGGUAUGUUGGGGGGGCCCCUAUUAAGACAGAAGGGGGGCCCCCUGGGUCUGGGGGCCCCGAGCAGCCUCUUCGGAGUGAAGAGAUGUACCCUUCUUUAAUUUUCUCUGCUUCACCUUCUCCCACUCCAGACAACAACACCCGCAGCAGGGGCCCCUCUGUUGAAAGACAGGGGCCCCCAUCCCGAUAA